CUACGGGUUUGUGACGUCACCAUCGCCACAUUUACUGUGGGCUCGUUUCUGGGGUGGUGGGUGGUGCCUGUGGGAACCAUCCCACACCGGAAGUAGCCACCAGGUGCAGUCCGUCAUCUUCCUGGACGACACGAGCGCGUCUCCACACAGCUGGAGAACACCAACAAAUACUCAUAGGUGUAUUCCAUACAUGGACGGACGUCAAUAUAGACUAAGAUAGAGACGCUUUGAUUUGACGUCAUGGCUGCCUUUCGCUGAGUGGAGGCUUCCCGCCAUCUCAUAGGACGCUAGUCUUGCUCGCUGGUGGACUUCUACAGAGGCACCUUCCUUCCUUCCCUACUUCCUUCCUUCCACUCCAUCUGAUGGCCCGACACCGAUGGAAGGACUGGUUCGAACGGGAGGAAUUGAUCGGCCAGAUUAGCGACAUGCGAGUCCAGAAUCUCCAAGUAGAGAGAGAGGUGGUUCAGAAGAGGACGUUUACACGAUGGAUAAAUCUUCAUUUACAGAAGUGUGAUCAACCCUGUGAAGUCCAAGACCUGUUCCAAGAGAUCCAGGAUGGAUGGAUUCUCAUGGCUCUUCUGGAGGAACUGUCUGGCUGCAAGCUGCUUCAUGGCUUCAAGAAGUCCUCCCAUCGUAUCUUCAGACUCAACAACAUCGCCAAGGUCUUGUCUUUCCUCGAGGAGAGAAACGUAAAGCUUGUCAGUAUCGAUGCUGCUGAUGUUGCUGAUGGAAACUCUUCCAUCAUUCUGGGACUCAUCUGGAACAUCAUCCUCUUCUUUCAGAUAAAGGAACUGACUGGCAACAUCAGGAGUCAGUUCCCAUCCAGCUCCAGCCUGUCAUCCAUACCCACCAGCUCGGAGCCAUUGAACUGCAGCGUAGCGUUGCCGGGCACAGCGAUGGCGCCCACAAGCACGAGAGAGCACAACAAGGCCAUCACAAAGCUGCUGCAGUGGGUGCAGAAGAGAACACGCAGGUAUGGCGUGGCAGUCCAGGACUUUGGGAAGAGCUGGACAAGCGGUCUCGCCUUCCUUGCUGUCAUCAAGUCUAUCGACACCAGCCUGGUGGACAUGCGGAAGGCGUUGCUGAGGAACGCCAGGGAAAAUCUGGAGGAUGCCUUCAGGAUCGCCCACUACAGCCUGGGUAUCCCACGCCUCCUUGAGCCUGAAGAUGUGAUGAGCAGUGCACCAGACGAACAAUCCAUCAUGACGUACGUGUCCCAGUUCCUUCAGCACUUCCCAGGCACAGAGGAGCAGAGAGAGCCUUACCCGCUCAUGGAAAGGAGCAUCUCUUUGGGUCGACUCAACUUCCGUGACGCGGACCCCCAUCAUCUGGCGACGAGCCGAGAGAAGGAGCGAUGCUUCAGGAUACAGAAGGACUGUGCACAACGUACACCCAAAAUCUUCUUUUCCUCCGUGUCAGAGGACAGAGUGGGGGCGUCACCCACCAUCAGAACAGCCAUAAGUCGCACUUGGUUUAGUGAAGACCUAGUGGCUGAUUCCCCCUUCAUGGACGUGAAGGAAGCCUCAGAAGAUGUGGAGCUUGCUGACACUCCCUUUGCUACUGACUCUUCUUUGACUCCUGAAUCGUUCAUGAUGGAUUCUGCUAUUAACUCCCCAGAUUCCUGGCUGGAGAAUGAGGAUCAGGGCGUCGGUGAGAAAUUGAGUGCGAGCCAGAGUGACAGUUCAUUGUAUGAUUGCGCAACACCUUGGGAGGUCUACCGUGCUUCUCCUGAUGAUGGAGCUUUAGUCCACAUUGCGGAUAAAGUACCAGAUGAGCCGUCAUUGGCUGAGUCUUCCAUUGAUGAAGGACUUUUCUCACUCGGCUCUUUCAGCAGUGUGCAGGAGCAAAUGCUGGGAAUCAGAGAGGAGGAGGAUGUGGAGAACCACCAAGACUUUCCACAGAAACCGGUAGAAGAACCUGAAUUGGAAAAUAAAGACAAAGAAGCAGAUCAUCUGCACGAGCAGACAGAUGCUACUGAUUCUCACAAAGAGGAACACACAGCGUUAUCCUGUGGAGGUGAACAUCAGACACAAAGUCCUGCUGUUGACCAAUCCCAGGACUUGGCCACACCUGAACCAUCAGCCAAACAAGUUGUGGAGAUGUGCAGCCCUUGUAGAGAAGAACUAGCUGAUGAUCAGGGUGGAAAGGAAAUGGGAAGAGACUCUAAUGAUUUACUCCAAGAUGAAGCAGAGAAACCGCCACUUUCUGCAGAUCCACAGGAAGUAGAUGGACCUCCAGAAGAAGUCACGGAGCCGUGUUGUGUUCCACCAGGCUCUGAUGUGAAGCAAACCUCGGACAAUGUGAGCGAUUCCCACGUUAGUGAAGGCAGUCUGGCUGAGGAGGGGUGCGAGGAAGAUGAAUGUAAGAGCACAGAAGAGAAGACGCAGGAGACAGGAAGUGAGGAGGUGUCCACAGGAAGACAAAAUGACCACCUGGAUCAGAUGAGCUUAGAUGGACACUCAAUUCCAACUUCACCAGAUGUUGUCACGGAUGUCAUGUGUGCACCUCUCCAUGACCUCCAGCGGGAAGCACAGGACAGGACGACAGGACCUUCAGAAGCAUCUGACACGGCUAGGAAAAUGGAAGUGUCUUCCACCGAGGAUGCGGCUUGCGACUUUAUGGAGCCCAUGGAUCUGUUCUACCCAAACAAAGAGGAACACCUUGAUACCGAACCCCCUGAUGACCAAAUCCAGAGCUGGCCAUCCGUUUUCAACGUGUCUGCACUGGAGCCGGCUCCAGCUUCUAAGACGCCGCUAGAAGAAGCUGCUCUUCAUCCCAUGGACCAUCACUUCCUGGUGGAUUCGGAAUGCCAGGACAUUAAGGUGCAGGAUGAGAAUGACAGCCCAUCUGCACCCAAACAACAAGUCAGAAUACUCAUGGAAACAUUUUUUCCACCAAAAUGUGACGGUCUGACUGAGGAUCAGCAUGACAGCCAAGGCUCUGCCAAGGAAAACGCACAACCUGUGAGCCAUGACACCCAGAGUCCAAAAGAAGAAGUCCUGGUCUCUCCGGUACUCCGUCACAGGAAGAGACCUCAGUCCUCACAGCCCACGGACAACAGCAUGGACAUGGCAGCCUUUUCCACAAAACAUUACAUGGAGGACUCUGAAUCUUGCUGGAGUGAGAGCUGGGAGGCGUAUUUCCUGUUCGUAUCAUGGCUGCUGCUCUACUGUUUCUGGAUGCUGCCGUGGACGGACGCCACCCGUUGACCUGCUGGCUGAUCAGCAUCAAGCACUGAACACACACUUUAUAACACACACACUUCCUGUACAUGUUGAGGAAACGUGCAUAUUUCACUCACACAGCACAACAACCCACACCUGCAUUAAUCGUUAUGGUAGUGAUGAAUACCAUCUUUACAUGGUUAUUAUUACUAUUACUAUUAUUAUUAUUAUUAUUAGGCAUGCACCGUACCUUUUUCUUUUUAACCCAUAACUUACUUCCUGCUUGUCAAGACCCAUGACCUAUGACCUAUGACCCAGAACUCUUUCUUUGUACUUUGUACACGGCUGGAGGUAAGAAGUACUGGAACUAGUUAGGAUGGGAUUCAUUAGUGAAAUCAUCAUGGAAUACCAUGACAUGACUACUACUGUACUACUAUCAUGGAAUACCAUGACAUGACUACUUUCCGACUAUCAUGGAAUACCAUGACAUGACUACUACACUACUAUCAUGGAAUACCAUGACAUGACUACUACUGUACUACUAUCAUGGAAUACCAUGACAUAACUACUACUGUACUACAAGCAUGGAAUACCAUGACAUGACUACUACUAUACUACUAUUAUGGAAUACCAUGACAUGACUACUAGUAUAUGAUUACUACUGUCAUGAAAUACAAUGACAUGACUACUACUACAUGACUACUAUCGUAAAAUACAAUGACAUGACUACUAGUACAUGACUACUACUAUCAUGAAAUACCAUGACAUGACUACUACUACAUGACUACUACUAUCAUGUAAUACCAUGACAUGACUACAAGUACAUGACUACCACUAUCAUGAAAUACCAUGACAUGACUACAAGUACAUGACUACUACUAUCAUGAAAUACAAUGACAUGACUACUACUACAUGACUACUAUCGUAAAAUACCAUGACAUGACUACUAGUACAUGACUACUACUAUCAUGAAAUACCAUGACAUGACUACAAGUACAUGACUACUACUAUCAUGAAAUACCAUGACAUGACUACAAGUACAUGACAACUACUAUCAUGAAAUACCAUGACAUGACUACUAGUACAUGACUGCUGCUAUCAUGAAAUACCAUGACAUGACUACUACUAUCAUGAAAUACCAUGCAUGACUACGAGUACAUGACUACUACUAUCAUGAAAUACCAUGGCAUGACUACUAGUACAUGACUGCUACUAUCAUGAAAUACCAUGCAUGACUACUAGUACAUGACUACUACUAUCAUGAAAUACCAUGACAUGACUACUACUACAUGACUACUACCAUCAUGUAAUACCAUGACAUGACUACUACUACAUGACUACUACUACAUGACUACUAGUACAUGAGUACUACCAGGAGAACCAGAGUAUAGAGGGGGAGCAGCCACCUGCUGUGGCCCACCAAGGUGCACCGUAUUGGGGCAGGGAGCCCUAGAGGUCUCUGGCAAAGCUUUUGCACGUUUCCAAGGUUUCAGGUGACUAAUGAGUGUUUGGUCCAAAAAGUAAGGGAAAUGUCUUCCUGGGAAGGUGGAUGUUUGUUUCCAAGUGAACUGGGGGGGUCGGGGAGUGUUCUUUCAAACGAUGGGUUAUCAGAACCCUAUGUUAGCAUAUGGCUUUCAUGUCAUAGUUCCCUCAUAUCCGUCCAUAGUUAUGAUUAUUAUUAUGAAUAUGAUAAUAUCCACCCUUGGCCAUCUCUGUGUGGAGUUUGCAUGUUCUCCCCGUGCAUGCAUGUUUUUUCUCCGGGUACUCCGGUUUCCUCCCACAUUCCAAAAACAUGCUAGGUUAAUCGGCCAGUCCAAAUUGAAUGUGAGUGUGAAUGGUUGUUUGUCUAUAUGUGCUCUGUGAUUGGCUGGCCCCCAGUCCAGUGUGUACCCCGCUUCUCGCCUGAAGACAGCUGGGAUAGGCUCCAGCACCCCCCGCGACCCUUGUGAGAAAAAGCGGUAGAAAAUGAAUGAAUAUGAUAAUAUUAGCUUUUACUGUCACAUAAAGUCCAAAGUUUUGCAGACAUCAGGGAAACUCCUGUUGCAAAAUAAUUACUCAGGAUUCUGCUCUUAUUUCCAUGAAAGUACUUUAGUAAUAGUAGUAGUAGUAUUUUGCAAAGAAAAUGAAAUGAUUGAGAAGAAGAGAAUAAAAAGAUAUGUUUAUGUAUGUACAGUAAAUGGAGAGCAUGCUUGCAUCACUUUGCUAUUUUUACUAUAAAUGCUGCGUCUUGGUGGGUUAUAUACAAAUAUUUGAUAUGAAAUAUAUUCUAGUAGACAAAACAGCUGAAACCUUGAAGUCAUCACGUAACUGUCAUUGAUUGAUUGAUUGGUUGGUUCAUGAUGAUUAAUCAUUCAAUGUUUCAUGAGCUCAGGCUUUUGUGCUGUGGCCUUCUUCCACACCAAACUCGCCAAGCAUGCCUUGAUGGAAGUGAAGUCAUUUUCGGAAGCAAAAAAAGGAAGAACUCUGUACUUUUUCAACCAUCCCGAUGAGUGCAGACCACACCCCCACACCCAUCAAUACCCAAUCAGUAAAGUACACACGCACACAUUCAAAUACUACAUGCAAUUACUUCAUUUACCACGGUGUUGAAAAACUUGAUUGUUUAUGUCACUUUACUCACAUUUCAUCAAGUGUACUGAGACUCCUGAUUGGCUCCUCUAAAUCUAUUGGUAUCCAAGCCUCCUGAUUGGCUCCUCGUCUAAAUCUACUGGUAUCUUAGCCUCCUGAUUGGCUCCUCGUCUAAAUCUAUUUUUAUCCUAGCCUCCUGAUUGGCUCCUCGUUUAAAUCAACUGGUAUCCUAGCCUCCUGGUUGGCUCCUCUAGAUCUACUGGUCCUAGCCUCCUGAUUGGCUCCUCGUCUAAAUCUAUUUGUAUCCUAGCCUCCUGAUUGGCUUUUCGUCUAAAUCAACUGGUAUCCUAGACUCUUGAUUGGCUCCUCUAGAUCUACUGGUUCUAGCCUCCUGAUUGGCUCCUCCAGAUCUACUGGUCCUAGCCUCAUGAUUGGCUCCUCUAGAUCUACUGGUAUCCGAGCCUCCUGAUUGGCUCCUUGUCUAAAUCUACUGGUAUCCUAGCCUCCUGAUUGGUUCCUCUAGAUCUACUGGUAUCCUAGCCUCCUGAUUGGCUCCACAUCUAAAUCUACUGGUAUCCUAGCCUCCUGAUUGGCUCCUUGUCUAAAUCUACUGGUAUCCUAGCCUCCUGAUUGGCUCCUCGUCUAAAUCAACUGGUAUCCUAGACUCUUGAUUGGCUCCUCUAGAUCUACUGGUAUCCUAGAUUCUUGAUUGGCUCCUCUAGAUCUACUGGUCCUAGCCUCCUGAUUGGCUCCUCGUCUAAAUCUACUGGUAUCCUAGCCUCCUGAUUGGCUCCUCGUCUAAAUCUAUUUGUAUCCUAGCCUCCUGAUUGGCUCCUCGUCUAAAUCUAUUUGUAUCCUAGACUCCUGAUUGGCUCCUCUAGAUCUACUGGUCCUAGCCUCCUGAUUGGCUCCUCGUCUAAAUCUAUUUGUAUCCUAGACUCCUGACUGGCUCCUCUAGAUCUACUGGUCCGAGCCUCCUGAUUGGCUCCUCGUCUAAAUCUACUGGUAUCCUAGCCUCCUGAUUGGCUCCUUGUCUAAAUCUACUGGUAUCCUAGCCUCAUGAUUGGCUCCUCUAAAGCUACUGGUAUCCUAGCCUCCUGAUUGGCUGUUGAUCUAAACUAUUUGCAUGAAUGUUUUGAAGCUUCACAUGAAGGAACGGGACUGAGUAGAAUAAGAAAAGUACUUCAUGAGUCAGUAUUAGCACUUGAAUGUUGUGUUUCCAUGCAGUUUGCUCACGCUAACAAGGUGUUUUUAAUGAAUGCUUUGUGUAUUUGUACAUGUGCACUGUUGUUCUUUUCUACUUGAUUUACCACAGUGGCUUCAAAGUAAAAGACCCUUCACAACAAAAGCCCGGUUGUCUUCAUUGCUUCCAUGACUACCUGGUGUCUACCUAGGGGUGUCCUAACUUUGUCCUAACAGGCAAGGGUGCAGGAUACGUUCAUAUUUUUGAAUAUACUUCAGGAAAAGUUUCG